CAGUUAUUCGAAACGCAAGCGUCAUCAUCGAAUUUCAACAUUUUGGAUAUGAAGAGCUGCCUGAAGAUCAGUUUUCGCGGCGAAGUAAGUUUCGUCAUUUGCGAGGCGGGCAGCAGCUACGAGCAAAUCAUUGCCCAAGCCUGUGCUCGCUUUCACAUACCGGAGACCCAGCGUGCCGGCCUGGUGCUAACCAAUGGCCAGGGCUAUGUGUUUGAGCAGCAGCUAUUGGAGUACUUUCUGCUGCUCUUCCCCUGCCCCGAGUUGCUGUUCUAUCUGCGUCUAGACUGGCAAAAAUUGCGUCGUGCCCUGAUCGAGCCCGUCCAGCAGCGACGCUCGGCAGUUGACAUACGCCAGAUUCAACCGGACCUUUGCGAUGGAACGGACUAUGUGGCGGUACCUGUGCAUCGCCAGAACUGUUUCAUUGGCGCAUUGCCUAGCAGCGCUUCAGCUGCUGCUGCCGUGAGUCGCCAGAAUUGCUUCCUCCGCGGACAACUGCAGGAGCAGCAGCAGCAACAACAACAACAACAACAACAACAAUCGGCGUCGGUUGUGUUGCACAGACUCAGGCAGGAGCACGCACGGCCCGAGUCUCAGCCCAAACGGAUGCGUCUUCAGCUGUACAGAAAAUCACGACGAUCGCUUUCUAGCGCUGGCCCCCAUGCGGCUCUGCUAGCAACUGCAACACGCUCAAUACGCAUCUAAGCGUAAGGAGCACCUAGUCUGUCCCUAAACCAGGACGAUAUUGUAUAUAGAACCUUUUUUUUUGCGUCUAGCAUUAAGGUUGAACCACAGUCCCUACCAGAUAAGCAAAUAAACCCAACAAUAAAAACUACGUUAUAAUCCAAAAAGUCAAUAAGACUCGAGAUUCCCAAA